AUGGAAAGAGCGGAACCUGGAACGCAUCCGGUAUCUUUGGACGGUGGUUCCUUGUCUGAUUCAGGAAUAUCCGACGGUGGUUCCGAUUGGGGUUUCUCCGAACGCGAACGUCGACUUGGAGCACUGCGUCGCCUGCACAGGCAGCUGGAACUGGCGCUGGCUCCGGGAAGCGCAGCUCUAUUAGCUAUUACAAAGCGAAUGGAGCAAGCAGAAAGCGAAUUGCGUUCACUGCAGCAGGCUUGCAGGGAGCUGGUGGCACGUACUGCAGUUCAAGGUGAAACCGUCCAUCGCAUCACUGCCGAUAUGAAUAUGCGUCGUGGCUCCAAUGGAUCUUCGAAUGCUUCUUCACAGGGACGAUCACCAAAUGGAGGUAAGCGUAAAACUAAGAGGCGCCAAGCCCAAUCCGUAACCGUACCAGCCGUAACUAUCCUCUCAGAACCCGCCAAGGGCGACUUGUGUACAGCCGGUGGUCCAGACGACGAUCCUGGUUCAAGCCCGACACCAGCCAGACCAGGGUGGGCAAAACGCGUUGCCAGGGCCGCUCUUCCUUUACAGCUCGCUUUAGUAGCAGUAUUUUGCGCUGCUUGCUUAUUAGAACCACAUUGUUGCGAUUCUAUGAACACCUGGACCAUGUCUUUGGCUCCACAAUUGCGUUAUGUUAGGGGGCCACCUCCAGUGUAAAAAACAGAUGGAGGAAAUUUGUGUACUGCAGUAGUAGUGCGAAAUAUUUAUGAUAGUAGACCUAAAUUAUGGAAGAACAUUUUAAAUAUUAUUCAAGAAAGGAAUGUGCAAAAAUGACCAAGAACAACCAGAAGUGAUCACUAAGGAUUCUACAAGCACAGAGAUUUGAAAACUUAUACUCAGGCAACCUAUGCCAUUGAAUUUUUAAAAAUGUACAAGACAAUUAGAUCUGAAAACAAUUACUUAGGAUGUUUCCAUAGUUUAGGCCUAGUGUCGUCUCCAAGACAUUUCUAUAUAUUUUUACCUAAAUAUACGUAUUUUAUCUUCAAAUCUUGAUGUCUGAUGAUAUUCAGACUAUUCUAUCAAGGCUGUGAGGUUCUACAAGAACCCUGGCAAAUUACAACAAAUAUGACAAAAUUUGUGAUUCAACGUUAUAAACGUUUUCUACACUCUGACGCUUUGCACAAAACUUCAGCGUUGGAUAGAAUCGAAUUUCUUCAAAGAAUUUCUUCUAUUUAAAUCAAAUUGAUUUAUAAUCGAGUAUCAGAAGUAUGUUAUCAAUACUUCAAAGACAAUUUAACCGACGUCUUAAUAUGAGUUUUUGUACUCUUUAUUAUUUGCAGUAGCUGAAAACUGACAACAUACUGCAGACGUAUACUGGAUAUCAAGGUAAGUGUAUUUACCUAAAAUGAAAAAUAUUACUUUAUUUAAAGAUCGUUUUAAUCUCUGUAUAUGUAUUUUAAAUGAGAUAACGACCAUUAGUUGCCAUUUCUAAUAGUUAGGAAAUGUAAAUAGUCUAUAUGUUACCGGUUUUAUAUUAGUAUAAAUAUUUUUUUAAGUGAAAUUUUUAUCAGUACUUAUCGCAUUGAA